CUCCCCUUUCUCUUUCUUUUUGCACCAUUUCCUAGUCUCCCCGUGCGCCUUGCAAUUCUUUGAGAUUCUUACUUCUUCAUCUUCUUUCCAUGGCAUCUUCUGGCACCGGCACUGGCUCUCCUUGUGGUGCAUGCAAGUUUCUUCGCAGGAAAUGCGCCUCGGAUUGUGUCUUUGCACCUUACUUUUGCUCAGAGCAGGGUCCUGCUCGGUUUGCUGCCAUUCAUAAGGUGUUUGGUGCCAGUAAUGUCUCGAAAUUGUUGUUGCAUAUCCCGGUUCAUGAUCGCUGUGAGGCUGUUGUCACCAUCGCCUACGAGGCUCAAGCCAGAAUCCGUGAUCCUGUCUAUGGCUGUGUUGCCCAUAUUUUUGCAUUGCAACAACAGGUCAGUAAGAAAAAGCAUUUUAAGCCUGUUUGGUCUGAAGGAAAUGGUAGGGAUAGAAAAUGAUUCCCUUCCAUUCAGGGAAAUUGUGUGAAGUAGGACGUAAUUUUCUUUCU